AUGGAUUUCCUUUGGGUCCUUAUGGUCUUUGGGACCAUAUUAUUCCUUGGUCUUUCUCUGCUUGCCAUAUGGGCCGUUUAUUUCCAUCUCUCCAAUACGGAUAUCCCUCCUAAGGUCUCCCAGCCCUUCAAGCUGAGAGUCUUACAUUGCCUAUUGAUCAUGCUAUUCGGUCUGGUCGCUGUCUUAAAGAAAAUGCGCCUCUCCAAUGGCUAUGACAUUUUGAGGUCAGUAAUGGACGGCAUCCCACCUGGGAAAGAUCCUCACCUCUCCAUCACGAAUUUGAUUUUGGAUGGCCUUCCCGUGAGGAUGUAUCAGCCGAGAAGUCCGUGCGACGGACGAAGGAGAGGAAUCUUGUACUUCCAUGGUGGCAUCGGAUUAUACGGAAGCGUGGAUGCUUAUGAAAGAGUGUGCCGGCACAUUGCAAAGAACAGCAAUUCCCUCGUGGCCUCUGUUGAGUAUCGUUUGGCACCAACGAAUCCUUACCCAACCCAGUUCUUGGACUGUCUUAAGGCCGCAGUACAUUUCCUGAAGAACGUGGAGGACUUUGGAGUCGAUCCUGCCUCAGUCAUCAUUUGUGGAGACAGCAGCGGAGGCACACUUGCGGCUGCCGUUUGUCAGAGCCUGGUGUCCAGACCAGAUCUUCCCAAAGUCCGCAGCCAGAUCCUGAUCUACCCUUUCCUCCAGGGGAUCGACUUCAACCUGCCUUCCUAUCAGAGAAACGGCCGCAUGCCCCUUUUGAGCCAAAGACACGUGGUGGAAUUUGGUCUCCAGUAUCUUCAGAAGGAUUUGGCAUUGACAUCAAAGGCUCUGAAAGGCUUUCACAUGUCUAAGGAGAAGAGACUGAAGUACGGCAAGUGGCUUUGGCCGGAGAAGAAACCGGAAGAGCUUGAAUGUGAGGAUGAUGCCCCGACUUGGCCAGAGGAAUCGGCGGAUGAGGUCUUUGAGCCCACGUUUUCCCCACUUAUAGCUGAAGACGCUGUGAUCCGACAGCUCCCCGAAAUGUAUAUCCUAACCUGCACAGCUGAUGUGUUCAUGGAUGAUGGGUGUUUGUAUAAGAAGCGGUUAGAGGAUAACGGGGUUAAAGUCACGUGGUACCAACUUGAAGAUGGGUUCCACGGGGUUGUAUAUUUUAUUGACCACUGCCUUUUCUCCUUUGCAGGCGCUCGGCUAGGCUUAGACAGCAUAGUAGACUACAUCAAAAGUUUGUAA